AUGGCAGCCCAACAAAAGAACACGCAAGAGAUGGAGAAGGCGAGGAAGCUGAACCAUGUUCCCUGGUGCGAGGAAUACGAGAAAAUGAUCUCGGGGAUGCUCUAUAACGCCUUUACCCCCGACCUGAACGCCGCCCGCUUCAAAGCCCGAGCCUUUGCCAACAAAUACAACACCUGGUUUCCAGACCCCGAAACUACCGACACAGAAAAGGGCUUCGAUGUCCUCGCUGCUGAACGAUUGGGAAUGCUCAAGACAAUCAUCGGCCACGUAGCCGACGACGAAAUCUUCAUCGAACCCCCUUUCAAUAUCGACUACGGCUGCAACAUCUCCCUAGGCAAGCGUUUCUACUCCAACUUCAAUUUAACUAUCCUUGACUGCUCGCUUGUGACGAUAGGAGAUCGGUGUAUGUUCGGUCCUAAUGUGUCUAUUUUUGCGGCGACACAUGAGGCUGAGGUGCAAUCAAGACGGGAUAAUAUUGAGUAUGGUAAACCUGUUGUAAUUGGCGAUGAUUGCUGGAUUGGUGGGAACGUGGUCAUCUUACCCGGGGUGAAGAUAGGGAGGGGAGUUACGGUGGGUGCGAUGAGUGUGGUUACGAAAGAUGUGCCGGAGUUUUGUGUGGUUAUGGGACAGCCGGCGCGAGUUGUUAAGAAAGUUGCGGAGGUACCGGUGGAAGAUGAUAGUGCUGUGGCUUCUUGA